CAGUGGCAUCCCGAGGCAGGUGCGGAGAGUGCGGCCCGCACUGGGUGACACCAACCGCAUGGGGUGACACCGGACCCGCUCCACGAAAAGGUAAGUUAUAAAGAAAGCUGACGAUCCCCGCAGGAUGGAUCGGAUCUGCGGAUUGAGCAUAAUGGAUCGGAGUCCGAUCCAUUAUGCUCAAUCCGCAGAUCCGAUCCAUUCUGCGGGGAUCAUCGGAGGGGGUGUCACCAAGUGUUACCGCAGCGAGUGACACCAACCCUAG